AGUGGUAAGCGCUGUGACUGCCGCUUCAAACCAUUUCCGUGCCCAAAAAUCGGCAUUUGUUGAUUUCAAAACUGCUGCUAUUAUUAGUGUGUGUUUCCUUGGAUUAUUUGAAGUGUUUGAAGCCUAGCAGUGACGAUUUAGGAUUUAAUCAAGAUGAACAAAAAGUGUGCGAAGUGCUUAAAGACUGUCUAUCCGACAGAGGAGUUAAAAUGUCUCGACAAGAUCUGGCACAAACUCUGUUUCAAAUGCGAAGUCUGUGGUAUGACGUUAAACAUGAAAAACUACAAAGGUUACGAAAAGCUACCCUACUGUAACGCCCACUACCCCACCACCAAACCCACGGCAGUAGCGGACACACCAGAGAGCCGGCGGAUAGCUGAGAAUACCAAAAUACAGAGUCAAGUCCAGUAUCAUGCAGAAUUUGAGAAGCAGAAAGGAUUUAAGACCUCCGUGGCAGAUGAUCCUGAGACGUCAAGGAUUAAACAAAACACUCAGAUUCAGUCUAAUGUAAACUACUGGGGUCUGAAGGAGCAGAGAGAACAGAUGGAGGGCAGGAGACCCAACGAAUCAGUGGACGAUGUGACAAGACGGUCCCGUAACCCUGGCAAAAUUAGUGACUACGACCCCACUGAGAGACAGGAUUUUGACUCCCCAUACACACAGCGGAACUCUGCUAAUGUUGUGUAUGAUUCACAGAGAGGAGAAGGAGACUUGAGGAGUUCUGCACCCAAGGGCAAUGUCCGCCCUAGUCCAGGUGGGCACCAGCCCUUUAGCUACGGUGGUGGUACUGGUGCCCCUCCCCCCGGGCGUGGUAGCCAGAACAGGUCCAGCUAUGAGGAGGACGGCUAUGCCCAGCAGAGACCAAGUUACGGGGAGCCUCAGCAGCAGCCGUAUAGCUAUGCCCCUGCUCAGGGUAGGAACAGUUUUGGGGAGUCCAACCCCAGCCCUCGUAGCUCCGGCCAUGGUGUUGGUUCUGUGGAGCAGAGGAAUAGCUAUGCUAGUAAUCCCUCUAGUGGUAGUGGCUAUGGUGCUGGCUCCCAAGGCUAUGGUGAGGCACGCACCUCUUACAAGGAGCCCAUGCAUGGUCAGAGAAUCCAGCCAGGUUCAAUAGCUGAUUAUGACCCAUUGAACCAGCAACACAGCUCGGUGGUACGUAACAGCUAUGGUCAGUCCCUGCCUCUGGCUUACCAGCCACCCCCACCUCAGGCCCAGCCCCCCAGAGCUGCCCAGGCACCCCCUAAGAAGGUGAUCUACCGUGCCCUGUAUGACUAUUCAGCUGCUGACAGCGAUGAAGUCAGUUUCCAGGAUGGUGACCAUAUCGUGGACGUAGAAGUAGUGGACGCUGGCUGGAUGAUUGGGACGGUCCAGCGCACAGGUCAACAUGGCAUGCUGCCCUCUAACUAUGUUGAGAGAAUCAACUAGAGGGACAGCCUGCAAUUUUAGUCUAGCAACAAAUUUAUAGUGAUUUUUAAAGAGUUUGGAUGCAAAAGUGGACAUAAAUAAACCUUGAUUAAUGAAGUAUUUAUUUGUAUGGUGUCAAAAUAAAGCUUUGACGUGAUUUGAAAAAUUAAUUCCCUUUUUCUAUUGUACAAAUACAAGCUUCUGUAUCUAUAUUUGCAUUUAAACUACUCAUUUGUUUACUAGAAUUAGUAUUUAGAAAAGUAACAUACAAAUGACAAUGUUUAUUUUAAGUUUAUUUAGUUACUUGCAAUAUGCUACUAUUCAAGAUGUAAUCACAGCAACAUUGUUAAUUGAUCACAUGAUGUGAUGUAAACAUGGGUUCACUGACCACUGCAAACGUUUUUUGCUCAAGUUCUUAGUGCAUUUUCAUUAUCACUUGCAGAGAUGAAUUAUUCAUUUUUCCAAAAAUUAAGUAUUAAAAUUUUAAUGAAAUUGCUAAUAACAUACUAGAACAGUUGUAAUUUUUUUUUUGCUAAGCAUCAGACUAGAUAAAAUAUGAAGCAAUCAAUAAGAAGAAAAAAAACUAGAAAUUUCUACAUCAAGAGAAGUGUGUAUAACUUUGUCUCUUUGAUAUUACAAAAAUUAACUGUUAAAACUUGUCUAUUCAUAAAUGUGUUGAAAUUGUUUAUUGAAUAUCUUAAAGCCAUCAAAUCAACUUGUACAUGAAACAUUGGUUUGUUGAAGAUGUUUGUCAUUCUCUUGCUUUAUCAACAUAAACAUUUAGUAAAUGUUUGAAGUUGACUCGUCUGUUAAGAAAAUGUAAGAGUUCAGCAUUGGUGGUAAUUGGUACAACCUUCAGAGACUUAUAAAUCGAGCAAGCAUAAUAAUUGACUCACCAAGUUAGUUGACAAACAUAAUGUUGAAGGCUGCUUGCAAACCUUGGCCUGACUGGGGUCUCCAGUUGUGCUGGAGUAGGCUAUUGUGAAACAGUGCAAGGAUAUUCAGAUAGUUAACCAGAAGAAAUUGUAUUGACACCCCAGAACAUGAAGAGCUUAUCUCCCUACAAUAUAAUAUAUGUAUCGCCAGCUGAAUCCUAUUUUUAUGUAUUGAGUAGCUUCAAUAGUCUUUCAGCGUUACAGAAAUGCUGGACUGGCUCUGAAAUAGCACCGGCAGUAAGCUCCAUAUUGGCCCAGAUUUGCAGUGUGGAAAUAAAAAAGGUUUUAAAGAUUUUCAAUCUUUGUAACAUAGUUUUGUCUGGUUUUGAUUUCCUAUCAAAUAAUUUUAAAUUGAUUUUUAAAUACUUGUACGUUUUUUAAUGUCUUGAAAGACAUUUUUAAAAUGCUUGCAAAAAACGGAUGUUUUAGACUAUAAAUACUUUUUAAUUGUGUACUCUGGAAAACUUGGCAUAUGUUACUAAGAAAUACAUUUAAAGUUGUUUAUGUUUAUUCUAUUGUUAUGACAAUACUGUAAACACCUUUAAUUACCUACAGUUUUAUAUAUAUAUACUUGUUAAACAAACUAUACAUAUUUUCAGAGUUAAAUGUGUUGCCCAUUUUCUUUAUAAAACUUGUGUUAAUAUUUUACUGUAACACUUUCUUGUAUUUUAUACUUCUUGCACUAUUCUCAUUUAUUUCUAGUUUUACUGGGUUGUAUUGCUGUAGGAAACUUGAUAAAAUAUACCAAAUACAGAUUACUAUAUGAUUAUAUGGAGAAAAGUACAAUUUAAUUUACCUUACAAGUUAAAUAGUUGACCAGGCAAAAUUUUCUUUGUAUGACUUGAAACUUGGCAGAGAUGCUUAUCAAAGUAAUAGCUCAGUGGCCACUGAUUCUUCCCCUAGUCUACCAUUAUGUCGAGUUGAAUUGAAAAGAUGAUUCUCGUACUUGUUUGUAGUCUAGGCAUCAUACUUUUCCUCUGUAAAUAUCAUGCCUAUUAUGUAUGUCUGCCAUUUGUUAUGGUGAUUGCUUUUCUGUUAGUUUUUCUCUGUCUAGCAAAGUCUUGCCCGUCAAAUUGUUUCUUUUCAAAACAACUAAGUGCUCUUGUUUGGUUUGUGAGAUUUGUAAAUGUAAUAAAUUUUAAAGACAUCAAUUCCACAUUUUGUUAAAGUUCUUGAUUAGACGCAGUAGGUAGCCAACUAACAAACCAUUGCACCACCUAAUUUGAUUGCUAUCAGUUGAGUGGGUAUAGACAGUUUUAUUAAUGCUGUAGACGAAUUCAAACAUUUUGUUCUUUAGGUGUGCGGGGAAGAUUUUUUCCAUGUUUGAAUCAUCAUUUGAUCUUGAAGACACCAAUUGCCUUAAUUUUUUUCCUAACAAGAUUUCUAUCUUGUUUAUUAGUGACACUUACUAAACUUUACCGCAAGUUGAAAAUUGCAAAUUAUUACAAUGUUAUUAAUUUCAGAAUUAACUCGUUCUGAUAACAUUUUUUAAAAUAUUAAAGAACAUCUCUAACGUAUAGCUUCUUUUGGUUUCUGUUUAAAAAUGUUAAGGACAACUAAGAUUGUUUUGACCAUUGCCUGCAUGAUUUGUGUGUGAAUUGCGCCAGCUUAUAGCUCCAGCACCUUUCAACACGCUGCCUCUCCCAGACUGGUGGGAGCAUCGUCACAGCCCCACCCCAGGGCAUGGUGCUGUUGCCUCUCCCAGACUGGUGGGAGCCUCGUCACAGCCCCACCCUAGGGCAUGGUGCUGUUGCCUCUCCCAGACCGGUGGGAGCCUCGUCACAGCCCCACCCCAGGGCACGGUGCUGUUGGGUCUGUUUGUGUACAUUCUUUUAUUACAGCUGUGCUUGUCUCUUGGUCACAGAGAAAAAUCUUUAAUAAAUUUGUAUGUACCAAAGUC